AUGUGCCGAGCCUGCCCCCGUCCUGAUUUCAACCGCAGUCCUUCCCCGGAAGAGGAUGAAGAAGCCCAAGAGGACAAUGAACAAAGCGAAGCUUCAGAGGACGAUGAAGAUGACAACAAGAGUCCACCAUCACCGAUGGUUUUUCUAAUCCCAAAGAAGAAAACCAUGUUUCAGCCUGCGCCCAGCCACGAUGGCGCCCCAAUCUUCGCGGCUUAUGAAAUCUUAGAGAGCUCGCUAGACUCAGAAGCCGACCUUCGAACCCAGCGACCCCCGUUUGGCAUUGUCAUCUAUGACACGACGUACACUGCUCAUCCGCCCCGUUCAGCCUGUCUCGCGCAUCACUACGAGCAGGAGGUCCAGGGCCGUCUCUUCAUCGCUGAUAAGGCUGAAGCAGCCUCGUGGUUCCUGCCUGAGCGUAUUAUGGAUGCGUCCUAUGCAGGGAGUAUUCUCGCGAUCAACCGUUUUGAGGAUAGUAGUGACGACGAUAUUGAGGAGGCUGGUUGGGAAGUCUCGCUAGGGAAUGUGGAUCAGGUCCGCUCAGCUAUCAAGUACGCCGACAUGAGCCCCUAUCGAAGCUUUCUGAACAUUAACUGGAAACCCCGUGAGGAGCCAUGGGGCCCUCGCAUCCCUGAGGAGAUAACGCCUGAGAUAUGCUGCUAUAAGCUGGGAUUUGAGGCUUUCGAAGAUGGUUUCAAAUACUGA